GGGAGCCGCUCGCUCCGCUCCCCGCCGUGCCCCGCUUCGCCCGCUCCUCACGGGGGUCGCCGCGACCCUCGGCCUCCGGGCGCUGCCCGCCCCCGGCGAGGCCUCGGCGCGGCCCCGGGGCUGCCCGUGCUGCCGGCGGCACCUGCGAGCGGCGGGCCCGGGGCAGCGCUGUCCGCACGGCCCGUCCCGCUCCUGGAGCUGUGCGGGCUCCCCGAGCCGGGCGGCGGCGGCGGCGCUGCCUGCGAGAAGCGCUUCCACCGGGAACUGCGUGUCUGGAGCGCUGGAGCGGCGCCGCUCGGGGCGCGGAGCCGUCCGGAGGUGCUGCCCGCGCUCCGCAGGUGCCUGAGGUGCUUUUUGGACCCGGGGGUGAAGUCUCCGGGGUGGUGGGGAGCUGUCACCGGCACGGAGCGCGGAUUCCGGGAGGUGCCCGGAGUAGGGGACACCUUGGCGGUCGCUGCAAAGAUCCACCAGGUCUGCUGAAUCUGCUCUGAAGCCAAGGGUUGACAACCAGUGCAAGGGAAGUGUUGCUGCUUUACAUGGACAUCUGCUCUUGCGGCAUGGCCCAGAUAUCCAGCAGCAAUGGAUUCAAACAGCGUUCCUCACCUUCUCUGUCAGCCCCGAGACCAAAAGAUGUGGACAAAGAAGAGGCACUCCAGAUGGAAGCUGAGGCAUUAGCCAAAAUGCAGAAGGAAAGAGGUGUAGCUGGUAAUAAACAAACUUUUCAUUCUUUAAGCAGCCCCAGACAAAAAGCACAGACUCAUAACAAACAGGACCAUGAUCUCAUGGUGUUUCCAGAGUCUGAUGCCAAGAGCAUGGAAGAUAAACUAAGUACCAUUGACAUAGAGAAGCUUACUCAUGCUGAACUAGAGAAACUACUACUGGAUGACAAUUUUGAAUCUAGUAAAGUACCUACAUUACCAGCAAGUCCUCUUUUGAGCCCAUCUAUGUCUUCACAAUUUUAUCUUGGGCCUGCAGGUCAGAGGAGACAGUGGACACCUGGAAUACCAGCACCCGUGACAUGCACUUUACCUCCUAUUUACACCUCAGCUUCUUACACAAAACAGACUGGUGUAUUUCAGAAUGGAUUCCAUCCAAGUAUGUCAUCCUAUCCCUCUAGAGAGCCUAUUUAUCUUGGUCUUCCAAGACAGUCACAGUACAUUUCAUAUCCCCUGGCAGCUACCACACCUUUCCAUCCGCACGGAGGCCUACCUUUAUAUCCUCCAGUACUCACUCCAGAAAUGGCAAAAGUAUUUGACAAAAUUGCAAGCACUUCAGAAUUCCUGAGAAAUGGGAAGUCGAGCACAGACCUAGAAAUGACUUCUAUAAAGUCUGCAGUGUCCAACCUGCCGGCCUCGGAGAGCUGCAGGGAUGUCAGUAAAUUCGAUUGGUUGGAUUUGGAUCCUCUCAGUAAACCAAAAGUGGACACUGUGGAGACUUUAAACAAGGCAGAGGAUGAUGGAGAGAGGGCUUCAAGUAUGACUGCUGAAGAUCCGUGGGAUGCUGUUCUGUUAGAGGAAAAGCUGUUACUAACUUGUCAUCUGGAAAGAAAGGUUAAUGGGAAAUCUUCUGGAGCAACAGUCACAAGGAGUCAGUCCUUAAACAUGAGAACAACUCAGAUUGCAAAGUUACAGGGCCAAACAUCACAGUUGCAGAAAGACAAUGGGACCACAGGCACGCUGACAGAAAACGUGCUUCUCCGAGCAAUUGAAGGGCAGAAUCAAGAACUGUCAGCUUUUUCUGAAGCAGUUACGAAAUUGAGGACCAAGUUUCCUUAUACUGAUCAGCAAACAAACCCAGGUUUUGUGCUGAGUCCAAUCAUGCUGCAAAGAAAUAUUAAUGGGGAGAGUGCCAGUAUCAAAGUUUCAAUAGAAAUCGAAGAAUUCCAACAACCAGUAACUUUCACAUGCGAUGUGAGUUCCCCAGUUGAACUUAUAAUAAUGCAGGCACUCUGCUGGGUGCAUGAUGACUUGAAUGAAGUGGACAUUGGCAGCUAUAUCCUGAAAGUCUGUGGCCAAGAAGAAGUUUUACAGAACAAGCACUGCAUAGGAAGUCACGAGUACAUCCAGAACUGCCGCAAGUGGGACAUGGACAUCAAACUGCAGCUCUUGACCCACAGCGGGAUAUGCAGCGACCUGGCACGAACAGAAGAUGAUGACAGGACACCUGUACAUCUAACCAAACACCUCUGCAAAGUAGAAAAGCCUUUCAGAGAACCUAUCAUAAGAUCUUCCAUUGAAGAGCUUCUUGAGGUUUAUCACAAGCAAGUUAACAUAGCCCUUAAGAAUGAGAACCAGCAUAAAGCAGUAGAUCAUGUAAUUAAGACUGUCAGAAAAAUCUGUUCUACAUUGGAUUGUGUAGAGACUCCUGCAAUAACGGAAUCAGUGAAGAAGCUCAGGAGGGCUGUUAAUCUCCCAAGGAUUAAAAAUGCUGAGGUAUCCUUAAAAUAUGGUGAUGACAAUAGCAAGAGCCCCUCUGGUUCACUGCGGCCUGAAAACCCUCUGAAAGUGAGUAUAGACCAGUUAACAAGAGCAGUUGAGGCCCUUCUGCAACUCCACACCAACUCCUGUAGCAGUUCAGCAACAAUUUCUUCAGAAGAGAUUAAGAGUACCAAGGAAGCUUGGACUGCCACAGAACAUCUCCAAUUCACAAUAUUUGCUGCUCAUGGAAUUUCUUCUGAUUGGGUGUCAAAUUAUGAAAAAUACUACUUGAUUUGUUCUCUGACCCAUAAUGGAAAAGAUCUGUUCAAACCUGUUCAGUCCAAGAAGGUUGGCACAUACAAGAACUUCUUCUACUUGAUUAAAUGGGAUGAGCUAAUAAUUUUCCCCAUCCAGAUUUCACAGUUGCCUUUGGAAUCAGUCUUAUGUCUGACUUUGUUUGGAAUCCUAAAUCAAAGUAGUGGGAGUUCCCCUGACUCAAAUAGGCAGAGAAAGGGCCCAGAAAUUUUGGGUCAGGUUUCUCUACCUCUUUUUGAUUUUAGGCGACUGUUAACUUGUGGGACAAAGCUGUUGCAACUGUGGACCUCAUCACAUCUGCAUCAUGUGUCAGGGAUGGCCAGUAAGAAAGGAAAUACGGAAAGAAUAGUGUUGCAGAUUGACUUCCCAUCCCUUUCUUUUGACAUUGAAUAUAAAAUGCCUCAAGCUGCAAAGAGUACUGUGCAUCAUUCUGUAGAAACAUUAGAAAAGCCGUUGAGAGAACGUCUCCUUGCCAUUCUCUCCAAGGAUAGCACCAUUGGGCUGUCAAAAGAAGAUAAAGAAUUUUUGUGGGAGAAGAGACGUUAUUGUCAUAGCCAUCCUAAUAGCCUACCAAAAAUACUGGUUAGUGCCCCACACUGGGACUGGGCAAGUCUUCCAGAAAUAUAUUCGUUACUUCAGCAGUGGCCUCCUUUAUCACCCUUAGCUGCACUGGAACUACUUGAUUCAAAGUUUGCUGAUCAGGAAGUACGAAGUACAGCUGUGAACUGGAUAGAGACAUUGAGUGAUGAUGAGUUAACAGAUUUCCUCCCUCAGUUUGUACAGGCAUUGAAGUAUGAAACCUACCUUGACAGCGCUCUUGUGAAAUUUCUUUUGGCUCGGGCACUUGGAAGCAUUCGGAUUGCACACUACUUAUAUUGGCUUCUUAAGGAUACACUGUAUGAUACAAAGUUUGGUAUAAGGUAUGAGCAAAUUCUUGGAGCUUUUCUUUCAGUCUGCGGAAAAAGGCUGAGGGAAGAGCUGGAGAAGCAGACCAGGCUAGUGCAGCUCUUUGGAAUGGUAGCAGAAAGAGUAAAGCAAACGAGUGGAUCUGCUCGGCAGAUUGCCUUGCAAAAUGGCAUGGAGCGUGUGCAAUUAUUUUUCUUGAAGAACAAAUGCCGUUUGCCUCUCAAUCCCAGUCUUGUGGCAAAAGAGUUAAAUAUUAAGGCCUGUUCUUUCUUCAGCUCCAAUGCAGUACCACUCAAAGUUGCACUGAUAAAUGCAGACCCGCUGGGAGAAGAAAUUAAUGUGAUGUUUAAGGUUGGAGAAGAUCUGAGACAAGAUAUGUUGGCUUUACAAAUGAUUAAGAUCAUGGAUAAGAUCUGGCUGCAGGAGGGACUGGAUCUAAGAAUGGUUAUCUUCAAGUGUCUCUCAACUGGAAAAGACCGAGGCAUGGUAGAGCUUGUUCCUGCUUCAGAUACACUCAGGAAAAUUCAAGUGGAAUAUGGAGUGACAGGUUCUUUUAAGGACAAGCCUCUGGCAGAAUGGUUGCGGAAGUAUAAUCCUACAGAGGAGGAGUAUGAAAAGGCUUCGGAAAACUUCAUCUACUCUUGUGCAGGAUGCUGUGUAGCCACUUAUGUCCUGGGAAUCUGUGACCGCCACAAUGAUAACAUAAUGCUCCGGAACACUGGGCAUAUGUUUCACAUCGACUUUGGAAAGUUUUUGGGACAUGCACAAAUGUUUGGUAGCUUUAAAAGGGAUCGAGCUCCUUUUGUGCUGACAUCAGAUAUGGCUUACGUCAUUAAUGGCGGGGAAAAACCCACAAUUCGUUUUCAGCUGUUCGUGGAUCUUUGUUGCCAAGCUUACAACUUGAUAAGGAAACAUGCCAGCCUCUUCCUUAACCUCCUUUCAUUGAUGCUUUCUUCUGGGUUACCAGAACUCAGUGGGAUUCAGGACUUGAAGUAUGUCCAGGAUGCUCUCCAGCCCCAAACAACAGAUGCAGAAGCCACCAUUUUCUUCACGAGACUGAUUGAAUCCAGUCUGGGAAGUGUUGCCACAAAGUUCAAUUUCUUCAUUCACAACUUGGCUCAGCUGCGUUUCUCAGGUCUGCCUUCUAACGAUGAGGCCAUCCUGUCAUUUUCUGCUAAAACCUAUUCUCUCAAACAAGACGGCCGAAUCAAACAAGUGUCUGUGUUUACGUAUCAGAAGAGAUACAACCCAGAUAAACAUUACAUCUAUGUAGUGAGAGUUUUGAGAGAAGGGCAAGUUGAGCCAACGUUUGUCUUCCGAACAUUUGAUGAGUUCCAGGAGCUCCACAACAAACUUGGCAUUCUCUUUCCUCUUUGGAAGUUACCAGGCUUUCCUAAUAAGAUGGUUCUGGGAAGAACACACAUCAAAGAUGUAGCAGCCAAAAGAAAAGUGGAACUCAACAGCUACAUACAGAGCCUGAUGAACAGUUCUCCAGAGGUGGCAGAAUGUGAUCUUGUUUAUACUUUUUUCCAUCCAUUACUUCGUGAUGACAAAGUGGAAGGAAUAGAUGGAAUAGCCAGACCUGCAGAUACAAUUCCAUCAAGUCCUACCUCAGGCAAAGUGGGAGGAGAAGUGAAGCUAUCCAUAUCCUAUAGAAAUAGCACUCUAUUUGUCAUGGUGAUGCACAUCAAAGACCUGGCUACAGAAGAUGGUGCAGAUCCAAAUCCCUAUGUGAAAACUUACUUACUUCCAGACACACAUAAAACAUCCAAACGCAAAACCAAAAUCUCCCGGAAGACAAGAAACCCAACUUUCAAUGAAAUGCUCGUGUACAGCGGAUACAGCAUGGAGACUCUGAAACAGAGGGAGCUCCAGUUAAGUGUGCUCAGUGCAGAAUCGUUACGUGAGAACUUCUUCCUAGGUGGAAUUACACUCCCACUAAAGGACUUCAACUUGAGCAAGGAGACUGUUAACUGGUAUCAACUGACUGCUGUACCCUAUCUGUGAACUCAGUAAGAACAGAACAGUUGUAUUCACUUGUGCUUUCUGCAUCUUCCUACUUGAAGAUAACCUGUACAUCUUAAAACAAGAGACUCUCCGUUUCAACAGAUACGUUGGACCAAUGUUCAGGUAGCCUAAUUUGGAGGAUUGCAAAAAAGAACUGUUUUAUACCCAUGUGAUGUUAUCAAAGCAUCAUUUGUAAAUGUUUAAGAGUUGUGGAUAAAGGAAGGGGUUUUUAAACCAUCAGUGAAAGUGAUAUGAGCAGUUUGACUAUGCUGGUUGGUUGAACCAUAACUCAAUUAUAAGGCCUGUGGAUGCAGUGCAUUUUUUCUUUUAAUUUGUUGCCACUCUUGUGUCAUCCAUGACAUGAUGCUGGAGAACAUCAAAGAAAUUGCAUAUUUUAGGAUUACAUUCCCACUACUAAUUGAGACAUCAUAGAAACAGCGACAGGUAAAAUUUUGGUGGCUGCACACACACCUGUAGAAAUGAAGGUUGAAGGGCUGGAAAAAUUCUUAAGCAUUACAUUUAAUCCCAGAUUCAUGCUUUUCUGAGACUUACUGGAGUGAGUGCCAAUCAUGGAAGUUGUAAUUAAUGGUGCCUUAUUCAAAUGCUUCUCUUUUACCUCAUUUCUGGUAUUUAAAUAUGUAUACAUAUUAACUUUCUGCUCCUUAUAAAGGGGGAACAUUCUCAUAUUUGAUACCUUACAGGUCCUACUGGAAGCCUUUUCCCAGGAUGUGUUAUUUACAAAUAGCAUCACUUAUACUGAUCUUCACAAUUUGUUCAACUUAAAUACGUUUUUUCUACUCCAUCAUCUACCCGGGGUCUCCAAACAUUGAAUGAAGACUGGCUGAAUGUGGUACCGUAGGAAAUGUGCCCAGCUUCUCAGUGGGGGUUUUUGCUGUAAUUUCUAGAACUUCUCAGUACUGCAGUGAUUAAGUGUGGAACAGAUUCAAACACUAAUCCAAAGUGGCAUUUGCAUCUAUGCUUCCAGGGAAAGGGUGGCCUGUAGUUGAAAAGCACCACUACUGGAUGAAUCGCAGGCCAGAAAUUAGUUCAGUUAACAGCUUUGAGAGAGGAACUUGGCUGUGAACUGCUAAAGGAAAAAAAAAAAAUCAAAACAGCAAUACUGUUUCUCACUCCCAGUAAGAACUACUCCCAUUAAAAUACUUAAUUCCAAGGAGCAUUAGAUUUGAAUAUAUUGUGACAGUGGAGUGCAAAUGUCAUUAUCUCCCGUUGAUACCACUGGUUAUUUAAUUAGGCCUUUCUGCACUACAGGUGUCACCUUUUUGUUCACGUUAUUUGGGAUUUAGGAUGUUCAUGUUCUGUGUAAACAAAGCUCUAAAGUAGCACACUUUUUUAGUACAAAAUCUUGAAGCAGUCUUUUAAAGUGAAAUAUGCAAGUAUGAACAAGGACACAAUACAGGGAAAGCCUUCUAUUUAUCCAACACUAAAAACCUACUUUAUAGUCCAAUUUUCCUUCCCCUGCUAUUGAGCAAUCUCCCUUCAAUACAGAAGAGAGAAGUAAACUUGAAUAUCCUGGUGCCUAAAUGAUUCACGGUCCAAUUUAAUAGGAAUUACUGCAAUUAAAAAGGUAAUGAUAUGAUAUCUUGAAUGUUAGAAACUGGGCCAAUACUAAUGGGCGCUAGCAAGUCCCAGUUGUAGUAGGCAUCCUCUGCAUAUUUUUCAUUUAGUAUAUAGCCUGUAAAUAAUAAACUAUAUAACUAACUAGAUAUAUUUCCUGCUCACUUGAUGCUUUUGAGACUUACUCCAUUCCAUCAUUAGAAUCACAAGUCACUUAAACACAGGAAAGUAGACUACUGUUUUUGUGAAACGUUCCAUUGUGAAAUAAAAUGAAAGCAAUAUGGACUGCCUUUUUUGCAGUUUGCUAUUAAAGCACAGUGUCUUACAGCACAAAAUACAUUAAACUAAAAUCAUUUAAAAAAUGAUUUGCAGUUUUAACAGUUGUCUGGACUGAAAAAAAAAAAGAAAAAAGUAUAGUACUGUAUUAUUGUUAGCACAUGUCCUGACUUCUGAUUUAAUCUUCUUCAUAGCUUAACUCAUUUUGUGCCUUUCCCUUCCUUUUCAAAAUUGUCACUGGCUGGAGCUUUUUAUGGUCAUGGAUUUUAUGUUGUUUAUGGGAUCUGGCCUUGGCCUCUCCUCACGCAAGUAGAGGACCAGCACCAAGCUUGCACCUCUUUGCACUAUUCUCAAUUACAAAAAAACUCGUUGCAAUAAGAAUUUACUCUGCUACAUAGAAGAAGGAAGAUGGAUGUGAAAGAGGGCAAUAUUUGAUUUGGAUAGAAUUUACCAGUAUGCUAAGUAGCUAGAAAAUGUAGUUUUAACAGCUUUUUUAUCUUGUUUAAUGAAAAUUAAAAACUUUUACGCACCGUUUGACCUGCAGCCAGAAGUGUAAUUGUCCCUCCAGACCUUGUGUUGGUAUCCGAGAGCAGCAGCUUGCGCUAGGACCUCUUCCUCUACUAACCUCCAACUUUGCACUGAACUUUUUAUUACUGCCUUUGUACGACCUACAGCUGCCUGUCUCUGGACGCAUGUGCGAUCUUUGGUAAACGCUCUUUUCUCUGUUUUUACAAAUGUAGGGUCGUGUAGAACCCCCGUCACCUGCCUUAAGGCCGGGGCUGCCCUGGGGCCCGCUGUGUCCUCCCUCCCCGGGCGCUCCCUGACGGGGCGGGGGGCGGAGGGCAGCGAGAGCAAGGUGCCUCCCUCCGUCUGUGUAUCUCUGAGAACCAAAUACUUUAAUUAAACGGUAAUAAAGAUGUACAAUAUGGCCGCGUCGGGCGGGUUCGCUGUGACUCCGUAACUCUCCUGUACGUACAUUAAACACUAUUCUGGAAUAAAA